AAUACUCGCAUAUUAUCUGUUUUUGUAGUUCGUGGCACGUUAAGGGGCCAGUUUUUUUAACAAAAGCCACAUAAAUGUUUACUAAUUAAUAAAAAAAAGGCAUUAGUUUAGUUCACGUGUAGAAUAGUAAAGCAAAAUAAACAAAAAAUGGAUGUUCCGGCGUUGCAUGCUCCUGUCGCCUGGAAUAAGUCUUUGGACGAAAUGACACCGGAGGAACGUAUGCGCGCCGAACAUCAACUGAUGCACGAAAGGCACAAGGGUCACGAGGCUAUGCAUUCUGAAAUGGUGCUUAUUCUAUUCAUAACUCUAAUUGUGGCACAGGUGAUAUUGGUGGAAUGGAAGAAGCGACAUUACAAAUCCUACUCGGCCAUUACACUGCUUGCGAUGUGGAUAAUACCGCUAGUGAUAUCAAUAUUUUAUAGUUUUAUACGAUUUGUUAUCAUCUGGGCGAUAUUUUCGUGUUUAACAGCAUUUGUGAUUCGAAAAGCUGUAAGCAAGCCGAUACAGCGCACUACUCCAAGAUUAGUCUACAAAUGGUUCUUACUAAUUUACCAAAUCAGCUAUUGUUUGGGUAUUGGUGGUUACCUUGUGAUGAUGGCUACAUUUUUGGGGUUUAAUUUUAUAUUCAGUCAAGCACCGAAUGUUUGGAUGGAUGCAGGACUGAUGUGUGUGUUCUAUGGCCUUUAUAUCGGUGUAUUAGGGCGUGACAUAUCAGAAAUUUGUUCAGAAAAGAUGGCGGUACACAUUGGGUAUUAUACUCCACAAGGCAUCCCAACCCGUCACCUAGACGAUAAUGUAUGCGCAAUUUGCGGAAACCCGCUUUUGGUUAGCGAAAAGGAGGAGGGUCUCUUCGAAAAUACAUAUAAGUUGUCUUGUAAUCAUGUAUUUCAUGAAUUCUGCAUUCGAGGUUGGUGUAUUGUUGGUAAAAAGCAGACUUGUCCAUAUUGCAAAGAAAAGGUUGAUCUCAAAAAAAUGUUUUGCAAUCCUUGGGAACGACCGCACGUACUUUAUGGACGUUUACUCGAUUGGAUUAGAUGGCUGGUAGCUUGGCAACCGCUCAUUUUCUUCAUAGUACAAGGCAUUAACUGGGCAUUGGGCUUAGAAUAGCAGACGUUAAUAUUUUCUAGUCGUUAACCAACGAAAACAAUAUGUAAAAGAAAUAAAUCACUUGUGGCAGUAUCAUUAUUCCUUUAGUGUUGAUUUGAUGAAUAAUGGCCUGACCUUUGCAUUGUUAGUGGCACUGUUAUAGCAAGAUAAGAUAAGUAAAUCAUUCUAAUGAAUUUCAGUGGUGAAAUGCGAUGGUGUACGGAAAAGGGACUGAAAUGUAAAACAUUUAUUUUAAAUAAUUAUUUAUUUAGUAAAACAAAGGGCUUGUUGAUAUUAAUACGUACGUAAAAAACUUAUUUAUUUUUAUUUACAUUGUACAAUAUGAUAUUGUCACCUGAAUUACUUAAAUAUAGCUCUGCAGUGCAGCGUAUAAGGCUUCAAAUAAUUUAGUUCAAUUUUAACUUUUUAUAAUGUAUGUACGAAGUAAUCAAUAAAUACACAAAUCCUGCCUUAUCCAUAAAGGACCAAAAUA